GAAUGUUCUUUGCAUGAAUUUUUUUUGAUGCGCAAACGAUUGAAAAGCCAAAAAAAAAGGAAAAGAAUCUAAAGCCCCUCAGUUCAAAUGCGGCCCAGCCUUGAUCAGACUACCCCUCCCAUCCUCUUCCUUGCACCUCCCCUUUCACUCAACCGCACGCGGCAUCUCUCUCUCUCUCUCUCUCUCUCUCUCUCUCACAAACGCACACAAUGUCUGCAACGGAUACCGACUUCAACCUCAGUCCAUCGUCUACUCAGUCUACCUUCGGCAUCGUGGACUAUGCAUUUGCUGAUGCAGGAAACCUGGAGCACUGCGCCAAGUACCUCAACCAGACGCUCGUCAACUUCGGCUUCCCCGCUUCGCUCGAUCUCUUUGCCAGCGAUCCGGUUUCGAUUGCACGGACUUGCAAUUGCAUAUACUCUCUUCUCCAGCAAAGACAACGCGAUAUUGAAUUCAGAGAAUCUGCCAAUGAACAGAGGCAGCGAUUUCUAUCAGACAUAUCAAGAUUAGAGGCCAAGGUUGAGAGGCUCGAGUCACUGCUAUCAGCCAAAGAUAGGGAGAUAGCGACGAUUACUCGGAUGGAAGCUAAAGCUACUGCUGCAUUUAAGGCUCAGAUUGAAAAGCUACAGCAGGAGCGAGAUGAAUUCCAGAGGAUGGUUAUUGGUAAUCAGCAAUUGAGGACUCAGCAAAUACAUGAGAUGAAGAAAAAAGAAAAGGACUAUGUAAAGUUGCAGGAGAGACUAAACCAAGUUUUGAUGGAGAAAAAGAAGGAAUCAAGAUCAGGCAUGGAGAUAAUGAAUUUACUUCAGAAAGAGGGCCGGCAAAGGGGGACAUGGAAUGGGAAGAAGGCUGAUAAUGACUUCUAUAAGAAAAUUGUGGACGCUUAUGAGGUUAAAAAUCAAGAGCUGAUGGCAGAGAAUGCUGAUUUGAGGGCCUUAUUACGCUCAAUGCAGGUGGAUAUGCGUGAUUUCUUAAAUGCUCCAAAUGGUUUGGCUAAGCAAUCUUUGGCUGUCAGUGAAAGACUUGACACUGAUCGAUUACAAUCUCCAUUGGGAGGGAGGACGGAUGUGUUUGACCUGCCUUUUCACAUGGCUAGAGAUCAAAUAGAAGAAAGUCUCCGAACUAAGAUGGCUUCUAUAAAGGAACGCAUGGUUCAGCUGCAAGAUGCACAAAAAGGAGCAGAAGUUACUUCUGAGGCAACUGAGAGGGAGCUUGAGCUUGAAGCUCAACUUGUUGAGGCAAGGAGCAUAAUCCAGGAGCAGGCAUCUAUAAUGUCAAAACAUCUUGCGAAGUCUGAACGGCCAAGGGAAUCUAUCAUUUCAUCACCAUCUGAGUGAUUGUAAUUUGGAACUCAACUCUGCAGACUAUGUCAGGGUUCAAAUCUUCUACCAAAGGGGGUGAAACUGGAUACUGCAGAUGGUUCCCCUGCUUCAAUUUUCAAUCCAUUCAAAGUCAUCAUGCCAAGUUGUCGUCAUUCACCAGCAGAGAAGAAUGUGUAAUUAUGUAUGCAUAGUUGUAAUCAUCUUAUGUUAUAUAUUUGGGGUGCUUGGAAGACUUCGGCCUUAGUAAAUCUGUAUGAUGUUAACAUGAUCAGUAUCUAGCUGAGUGAUGCCUUAUGAUGAAACUGACAGCUUUCUUAUAAAAUGCUUUCUUGUUCCACAUCA